AACUAUAAGAGGCUGGGGAAGCGAGCAUAGCAAACAGACCUGGAGACGGAUGUGAGCCUCAUCUCUCUCCCCAGAAAAGGCACAACGUCAACUCCAUGGCCAACAUCUCAAGGGUAUAUAAGAAGACCUGCUCCAAUGGGAAGCUUACUCUCUACCUGGGGAAACGGGACUUCGUGGACCAUGUGGACAUGGUGGAUCCCAUUGAUGGUGUGGUCCUGGUUGACCCUGAUUACUUAAAAGAUAGAAAGAUGUUUGUCACGUUGACAUGUGCCUUCCGCUAUGGCCACGAUGACUUGGAUGUGAUUGGUCUGAUGUUCCGCAAAGAUUUGUAUGUGCAGGUGCAGCAGGUGUUCCCACCUGAGCCCACCAGCCCCCAAGGGCCCCUCACAGUCCUACAGGAGCGACUCCUGCAAAAGCUGGGGAACAAUGCCUACCCCUUUACCCUGCAGAUGGCUGUUAACCUUCCCUGUUCAGUGACGCUGCAGCCAGGGCCUGAAGAUGCUGGAAAGGCCUGUGGGAUUGACUUUGAAGUGAAGAGUUUCUGUGCUGAAAACCUGGAGGAGAAAAUCUCCAAGAGAGACUCCGUGCGGCUGGUGGUUCGGAAAAUACAGUUUGCACCCCCAGAACCAGGCCCUGGCCCCUGUGCCCAGACGACCCGCCGCUUCCUUCUGUCAGCUCAGCCCCUACAGCUGCAGGCCUCGAUGGACAGGGAGGUUCACUACCACGGCAAACCCAUCUCUGUCAACAUUUCUAUCAACAACUGCACCAACAAGGUCAUCAAAAAAAUCAAGAUUUCAGUUGACCAGAUCACAGACGUUGUCCUGUAUUCCUUAGACAAGUACACCAAGACCGUGUUCAUCCAGGAGUUCACGGAGACUAUAGGUGCUAACUCCAGUUUCUCUAAGAGCUUCGAAGUAACUCCGCUCCUGGCUCCCAACUGCCAGAAACAGGGCCUGGCACUGGAUGGCAAACUCAAGCACGGCGAUACCAAUCUAGCCUCCAGCACAAUUCUUCAACCUGGAAUGGACAAGGAGCUCCUGGGGAUCCUGGUGUCCUACAAAGUGAGAGUCAACCUGAUGGUGUCCGGUGGAGGCAUCCUCGGUGACCUGAUAGCCAGCGAUGUCGGUGUGGAGCUGCCCUUGAUCUUGAUGCAUCCAAAGCCAUCACAUGAGGCUGCUAGCUCUGAGGACAUAGUCAUCGAGGAGUUCACUCGGCAGGAGAACCGCGGGGAGGAGAGCCAGGAGGCUGUGGUGGUGGAGGGGGAUGAGGGAAGCUGAACACCUCGCUCUGGUGCAUCUGGGCAGGAGCACCACUGUAAAGCUCUAAUAAAUCAACUUGU